AUGGAAUCCCAUCCCGAAGAGCAUUACUAUAAGCUAAACCGACUUUUACUAGUGGCUACUGGACUAUGGCCUUAUCAGAGCAUAAAGGAUGCUCGUGUGAAGAGAGCCUUGAUCACAGUUGUGAUGUUAACAUCUUUGUUCGUUCAGAUGGCAAGCGUUUUUACAUCAGAGAUUACAAUAGAUUACUUGGUUGAACUGUUACCAAUUCUUGUGCCCACAUUCGGGACAUUGAUUCACUUGUAUAUGCGUGUUAUACAUAUGAACAAACUUAGGAAAAUUUUCGAACAUAUGUGGAAAGACUGGGCGUUGCAAAAGACAGAUGACGAAGUGAAAAUCAUGCACAAAUAUGCCGAAACUUCGAGAUUAAUGUCGUUUUAUUUCACGCUCCAGUUAUUUGGGAGUGGCCUGAUACUCAUGGCAUAUUUGUAUAUGUCGGAAAUUCUUAAUAUUAUAUCGCCUAUGAACGUGUCCCGUCUACCAAAAAUUUACUUAAAAAUACAUUAUAUUGUCCCUAUGGAACAACACAUUUCCCUCGUACGAUUACACAUAUUCGUCGUGAUGUUUGUCAUGGCGAUAGUCUUCAUGUCUAGUUUCACCUUACUUGUGGCUGUUACGCAACAUGGUUGUGGGAUGUACGAAUUGCUCGGGUAUCGUGCAGAGCGCCUAUUUUACGUCAACCAGAAUAAGGUGAACCACGAUUUAAGUAACAGGACAAAAUUAAUUUACAAGAACAUGGUCGUUUUCGUGCGGCUACAUCACAAUGUUAUACAGUACAACAGUGAAUGGUACGAUGCGAUAGUCGCGCAGCAAAAACUAUUAUUGUUAAUAAUGAGCCGAUGCUUUCAACCAUUUGUCCUGACCGCCUGCAAGUUUUACGUGACAUCCUUACCGAAUUUAGAAAAG